GGAGUCCUCAAUCCUGGCCGUUCCAAUGACGAGCACUGGCAUUCUACUGAGCGGCGUGUCUUUUCCCUGGAUGUCGGAGGGAGCCAACUUGACUCUGAGACUCUCUGAGCAGUCGGUCCUACAGCCUGCCUGGGAUUACCUCCACCAGAACCAUCAUGAGCACCUGAGGAGCCCUCUUUUCCCCGUGGUCCUCUCCAUAUCCCUCUACUUCCUUCUGGUGUUUAUCUACACCCUUCUGGACCUGCUGGCCCCGACCUGGCCCAGCAUCAACCGCUACAAGCUCCACCCGGACAAGCUCGUCACCUGGGAGAACAUCUGGACCACGCUGGGCGUCACCACCUACAACCACCUGGUCUACAUCUUCCCCGCCGCGGCCGCCCAAUGGCUGUGGAGGCCGCCCACGCCCCUCCCCCGCGAAGCUCCCACCCUGUGGGGCUUCGUGCUGGGCAUCCUGGGCUGCACCGUGGUGUUUGACUUCCAGUACUACCUCUGGCACCUCCUGCACCACCGCGUGCCCUGGCUGUACAGGACCUUCCACGCCAUCCACCACCAGUACAACCAGCCCUUCAGCCUGGUCACCCAGUACCUGUCCGGCUGGGAGCUCUUCAGCGUGGGCUUCUGGGCCACCGCGGACCCCAUCCUGCUCCAGUGCCACUGCCUCACCGCCUGGGGCUUCAUGCUGUUCAACAUCUGGGUGUCCACGGAGGACCACUGCGGUUAUGACUUCCCCUGGGCCAUGCACAACCUGGUUCCCUUCGGGCUGUGGGGAGGCACGCCCAAGCACGACGCCCACCACCAGAAGCCUGGCACUCACUUCGCUCCCUUCUUUGCACAUUGGGACUGGCUGGGGGGGACCAACGCCAUGCCCCGUCCCUCCGGCCACGUCGCCACAGCAACCACGGACGACGUGAAAAGAAAAGAAAAACGAAAGGGUGUGAGUUAG